AUGUCCCUCUCGGUGUGUAUGCAAGACGACGAGCGGCGUGGCUCGCCUUCGGACUCGGUCGCGUUGGCAGCAUUUUCGGUGUCUGCUAACCCCAAUGUCGCCCACCCAACAACGCAGGGCGAUGUACUCGCCAACACCCCGCAGUCAUCGACCCCCGACGAUGCUCAACAGACAGCCGUACCUACUCGCGCCUUCAGAAGCGCCAUCUUUACACUACAUAAUCUGACCAACUACCCACACCAGUACACCCAUCAUUACGAUCCGUUCGCGCAACAACAACAGCAGCAGCAGCAGCAACAAAGUGCAUCUUCACAGCAACAACAAUCACCAUCAUCGUCAUCAUUUUUCUCUUCACUCCUACCCACCGCACAAGGCAAGGGUCCGAUAGGUAGCGCCAUCCGUAUAACGCAGAAACUAUACCAUCGCAUCUUUUCGUCUGGUAAAUCCGCUACUUCCAGGAAGAAGAAGGAUGAGGAAAUUCAGAGAAAGGCCAUCAAGGUUAUCGAUUUACUUCAACUGUCCGCAGAAUUGGGAAGCAUGGACGCGCUUUUCGCACUGGCCCAUCUAUCACUGUUCCCACCUAAUAUCUAUUUCUCUUUGGAUCCCAAACUGGCAUAUUCCUCGUUCGCAAUGCAUGCCUCAAUUACUGGCAACGCUACUUCCCAGUCUUAUCUCGCAUUCUUCCAUGCCACGGGAUACGCAGACGUGGUACCUAUCGACCAAACGAAAGCCCUUCUCUAUUACACCUUUGCAGCGCAGGGCGGCGACAAGGGUGCCCAAAUGGCUUUGGGGUAUCGUUACUGGAGCGGUAUCAGUACUCUGGAAGAUUGUACUCGAGCUGCAGCAUGGUACGAGGAAGCCGCUGAUCAAGCCAUGCAAAAGUUUUUGUCGGGCCCACCCGGUGGCCUAACGUUACCCUACACACCAACCAGCCUUUCUGAUUUAGACGGAGGGGUGUAUGGACCGGGCGCAAGCGUCGCUUCCACCGGCUUCAACGUUGUCAGGCCAGCUGUCAAAGCAGGAUUCGCUAGGGCUGCAGGAGAGACUUGGGAUGAUCUCCUCGAGUAUUAUAUGUUCAAUGCCGACAGAGGGGAAAUGGACUUCGCGUAUAAACUAGGCAAGAUUUUCUAUCAGGGUAGCAUAUAUGCGGCUGCAGGAGGUACUGCAUCAGGAUCUGAAGGAGUCGGUCGCAUUACACAAGAUUUCAAACAAGCGCAGUACUACUUCCUCCAGAUCGCGCGCCAGGUCUGGCCUCGGGAUCCCCAGAACCCAUUGCAGCAUAAAGCUUCCGCGUAUAAAGCCGAAGGUGUGACUCAACCGGGUUGGGCUCCGAAGAGUGCUGCGUACCUUGGGAGGAUGUAUAUGCGUGGAGAAGGCGUAAAGCAGGACUAUGAGAUGGCAAUGAUGUGGUUUGAACGUGGAGCUGAGUAUGGUGACCGGGAAUGCCAUAAUGGUCUGGGUAUCGUGUGGAGAGAUGGGUUGGUCAAGGGUAAGAAGGACAUCCGGAAAGCACUCGAGCAUUUCGCUAUUGCUGCCGGUCAAGAACUGGCCGAGGCUCAUGUCAACCUGGGCAAGCACCAUUAUGCCCGUGGGGAGUUCAAGCUUGCUGGAACGUAUUUUGAAACGGCCAUCCGUUUCGGAUCAACAUUUGAAGCGCAUUUUUACCUCGCCAAGAUCCACACUAUGAACAUGAGGACGAGUGGGUUUCCUCAGGACUACGCCGCAGGCUCUUGUUCCAGCGCGGUAUCUUUUUAUAAGCUCGCAGCGGAACGUGGCGUGUGGGAUGAUGACCUCGUCAACGACGCCGAGCAUGCAUGGAACAGCGGGACCGAACGUGGAAAGGAAAUGGCCAUUCUGAAGUGGUGGGUUGCUGCUGAAAGGGGAUUCGAAGUUGCACAGAACAACCUGGCGUACGCCCUCGAUCAGGACAAGAGCCUGCUUCGCUCCACUCGGUUCUCUCCCAUCCAGAUAUCGAACGAUACUGCCCGUCUUGCACUGACACAGUGGAUUCGUUCCGCUUCGCAAAGGAAUGUGGAUUCGUUGGUGAAAGUCGGUGAUUAUUACUAUCAUGGCUUUGGCGUACCCGACGAACCCGAAUCUGUUCGCUGGGAAAAAGCGGCCAAGUUCUACCAAAGCGCGGCGGAUACUCAAUUGAGCGCUCUCGCGAUGUGGAACCUUGGUUGGAUGUACGAAAAUGGAAUCGGCGUGCCGCAAGACUUCCACCUUGCGAAGAGGCAUUACGACCAGGCACUAGACAUCAAUUCGGAAGCCUAUCUACCGGUUUUACUAUCCCUCAUCAAGCUUCACGCAAGGAGUCUGUGGCACACCCUUCAAGGCGGAGAAAAUGGACUGAAAUUGUGGGGAUACGACGAAGACAAAAUGUCCGUUUCGGAACGUGCAAACUUGAAGUCCCGGGAGAUCGAUUCGGCGUCAUCGUCGCGCUCGCCGCCAAACACGGAGGCGAGAUCACAUGGUCACGAAGACACAGCGGUGGUGGACACCUUUGAUGAUGACGGACCGUGGUAUAUGGGCAAGGCUCGAGAAGAUUUUCAACGUCGUCGUCGACAAAACACCCGUCAGGCGGAGGAAGAGGAGGAAGAUCCCGUUCAGUGGGCGCGGGAAAGACGGAAUGCGGAGAACGAACGUGAUGGUGGUGGCGACUUUGGACCAGAAGAUUACUUCGACGCCGCUCUUCGUGGAGGACAUCGCGGAGCAGGCGGUGGUGGUGGUGCAGAAGAAGGUGUGGAUGAGUUUUUGGAGACGAUGUUGUUGGUGGCCCUUUGCCUUGUCGUUGCCGUGCUUAUCUACGUACGGACUCGCCUUAUCGAGAGGGCGCGGAGAGAGGAGGAGCGUGGACGUGACCACCAAGGCCGAGGUCGACCACAACCGCCGCCGAACCUAGGCUUGUUCCCUCCUCCAGGUGAUCCCGCACGCCAGGAUUGGCAGAUAGUACGGUGA